AUGACGGCACGACGAGGACUUUCAUCGCUUAACUUGACGUUCCUCGGUACUGCUUCCGCGCAACCGUCUCUGACCAGAAAUCACUCUGCACUUGCUCUCCGAUUGAAUAGCGAUGUCUGGUUGUUUGACUGUGGUGAAGCUACGCAGCACCAAAUCCAAAGGUCCCAAGUCAAGAUGGGAAAGAUUGAAAAGAUCUUCAUCACCCAUACUCAUGGUUGGGAUCACAUCUUUGGUUUGCUGCCCCUCUUGGCAAGUAUGCUGAACGGUGCCGGAGGAACAGCUGAUGGAGUAGAGGAUCCUCGUACGCACAUGGUCCAGGACUCAUUGGAUCCCAUCGAAAUCUAUGGGCCCUUUGGAACCAGGGCAUAUGUCCGUAAUGGCCUCAAGCAUACACAUACCCUCCUUGGCGCGCCUUACGUCGUUCACGAAUUGCGGUUACCUUCUGACCCACCAGACGGAGACCAUAAUCUUCAUGCAUCCGAAUCUCCAACCGGCCGUAACAUUCCACAAACAAACGGUGUUUGGUCAGACGUGUAUCGCGACUCCAUUAUUUCAGUUUCUGCUGCUCCCAUCCUACACUCUGUGCCGUGCAUUGGUUAUGUUGUAACAGAGGCACCUAUACCCGGUAAAAUGGACCCUGCAAAGUACAUACCACAUCUUAAGCGUACCAAGACACCGAUGUCUGCUAUGAGCCGUCUCCAACAGGGAGAGAGCAUGGAACUCUCGGAUGGCACAAUGUUGCAUGGCCCUCUUAAGAGGCCCGGACGCAAACUUGUCAUUCUUGGAGACACAUAUGAUCCAUCGCCGAUAGCGGAAUUGGCUUCAUCUGCGGACUUGUUGAUACACGAAGCAACAAAUGCCCACUUGCCAGCCUUGGACUCAAAUACCAAGGCCGAAGACACAUUUGAAAGUGUCGAGGCACGUACAAAAGCCAGAGGGCACUCUACUCCCCAGAUGGCUGGUGCUUUCGCGGCAAGGAUCGGAGCGAAGCAAUUGGUGCUUAAUCAUUUCUCGCCCAGAUACCCGGGGAACGACGAUGUCGAUCCAACGGCGAAGACGAUCAUGGAGGGCAUUGCACAUUUAGCUGAAGAGCAUUAUAGCGGGAAAAUUACAUGUGCGAGGGAUUUUAUGAGUUUUAACGUGGAUGUAACGCAAGAAUCCGCAUGA